AUGAACUUCCGAUCACUUCUGUGUAUCUUAUUUCUCUACCUGGCAACUUCGGAUGCUGCUCAGAGAAACGGAACAGAGUUAUGGCAGACGUUAGACGGCAAUGCGCCUUUGGUGAUAGCAAGAGGAGGGGUUUCAGGUCUAUUUGCUGAUUCAAGUUCAAAAGCAUAUGAGAUAGCUAAACUGAUUAGUUUGCCCAAUGUGAUCUUGUGGUGCGAUGUACAAUUGACAAAAGAUGCAGUUGGAAUUUGUUUUCCAAAUAUCGAUCUUCAAAACAGUUCUGAUAUUGCAAAUGUUUACCCAAAUAGGUCUUCUGUUUAUACUGUCAAUGGAGUGCCAACUCAAGGAUGGUUUAGUUCAGACUUCACCCUAAAUGAUUUGACAAACAUUUCUUUAAGUCAGCUAAUCUUGUCCCGACCUUCAAGAUUUGAGGGCAAUGCCUGGCCAGUUCUUUCAGUUGAUGAACUUGUUAAAUCAUAUUCUCCUCCAGGGUUAUGGCUAAAUAUUGAGCAUGAUGCAUUCUUCAGUCAGCACAACCUAAGUAUGAGAAGCUUUGUACUUUCUGUAUUGAGGAAGACUAAAGUUGAUUACGUAUCUUCUCCUGAGAUCAACUUCCUGAAGGGUCUAUUGGCACGUAAACCAGUCAGAACAAAGUUUGUUUUCAGUUAUCUUGGUCAGGAUGAAAUCGAGCCAUUGACAAACAAAACUUAUGGAUCCCUUUUAAAAAACCUUACAUUUAUCAAGACAUUUGCAUCAGCAAUUCUUGUUCCCAAGAACUAUAUUUUGCCUGUAGAUGCAAAUCUCUAUCUUUUGCCUCAUACUUCAGUUGUUCUAGAUGCUCACAAAGCGGGUCUUCAAGUUUUUGCUGCAGAUUUUGCAAAUGACAAUAUGUUUGCUUAUGAUUUCAGUUUUGAUCCUUUAGCUGAGUAUUUGGCUUUUAUUGACAAUGGCAAUUUCUCAGUUGAUGGUGUACUUUCUGACUUCCCACUAACUCCAUCAGCCGCCAUAGGUUGUUUCUCUCAUGUUGGCAAAAAUGUCUCAGGACAAGAAAAACCUCUGGUCAUCUCAAAUGGUGGAUCAAGCGGAGACUAUCCUGCUUGUACUGAUAAAGCGUAUGCGAAAGCCAUAACAGAUGGUGCAAACAUUAUUGAUUGUGAAGUUCAAAUGACAAAAGAUGGAGUUCCUAUAUGCUUAAGCUCAUUUAAUCUCAUUAACAACACGAAUGUUGUUCAGUCGUCUUUUGUCAACUUGACAAACAGUAUCCCAGAGCUUCAAAUAGUUGAUGGAAUCUUUACCUUUAGUCUAACAUGGAGCCAGAUACAGACUUUGACUCCGGCAAUAUCAAACCCAGAUUAUACUUUGCUCAGGAAUCCUAAAGCUAAAAAUGAUGGGAAGUUUAUGGCAUUAUCUGAUUUUCUUGCCCUGGCCAACAAUGCUACCACACUUUCUGGUGUAAUGAUCAUUGUAGAGAAUGCUGCCUAUUUAGCUGAAAGGCAGGGACUAGAUGUGACGAAUGCUGUCCUUGAUACCUUGAAGAAUUCUAGUUACACUAAGACUUUCGCAAACAAAGUUAUGAUCCAAUCUUCAAACAGCUCUUUUCUCAUAAAGAUGAAGGGUGUGAGCAGUUAUGAUCUUGUUUAUAGAGUGGAUGAGAAUAUUCGUGAUGCUGACAACUCAACCUUAUUGGAAAUUCAAAAGUUCGCAAAUGCGUUGGUUAUCAGCAAACAGUCUGUCUUCACUGAAGUAAUGUUAUAUCUCAAGGACAAGACCAAUGUAGUGACGAAGUUGCAAGCGUUCAAGUUUUCAGUUUACGUCAAGAUCUUUAGAAACGAGUUUCUUUCACAAGCAUGGGAUUUUUUAUCUGACGCAACCGUGGAAAUCAACACAUACGCCGAUGCUGGAAUCGACGGUAUCAUCACCGAUUUCCCUCUCACUGCUGCAAGAUACAAGAAGAAUAAAUGUUUGGGAUUGGACAAUAACACACCAGCUUACAUGAACCCUGUUCAGCCAGGCAGCUUACUGCAACUCAUUACUCCUGACCUAAUGCCACCAGCCGAAGCUCCCUACCCAAUCCUGGUGGAAAAUGACGUGGCAGAGCCACCUCUGCCCCAUGUUGCAGCCAUAACUCCAACUUCUGAAACCAACAAUGGCUCCGAGGCUGCAACUGCUGCUCCUAGCUCCAAAUCAAAUAUGGGGCAGCCCAAUGCGGCUGGAUUCGUUUUCUUUUCUUCCAUGACUAUUUUCUUGGCAAUUGUCUCACUAUUUUGAUUACAUAAAUUGGGCAUUUUCUGCUGUAUUUGAAAUCUACAUAAUUUCAUUAUAUUCUACAUGGCCUUUUUCUGAUUCAAUAAUCUCAACUCCCACACAACUUAC